ACACUAAAAACGUCAAGCUGACAUUUGCUGACAAUCAUGAACGUUUGCGAUAAUUUGUGAAAAAUUGACUUUUGUGCGAAAAAGUGAGGUAAUUUCCAGUAAAGUUGAUAAAAUGGGUUCUUCAUCGAAUGGGAAAAAACAUAAGAAAGACAAAAAACAUAAGCAUCGAAGCAUUGAUGGCAAUGAGGAGGGAGAAAGUUCAUCCACGCACCGUCAUCACAAACACAAGCGUCAUAAGGAACAUAAGGAGCGCCACCGCCACAAGAAGCAUAAGGAACGUGAUCGCGAACGGGAAAAAGAACGUACGCAUCAUCACACAGAAGUUAUUGCUUUGGAGGAAUCGGAUUCAGACGAUAGUUCGGAUUGUGUUGAAGUACCCCUGGAUGACCAGCCAGUGAAAUCAUAUGAAAGAGAUAUUGUUGUUGAGAGGGAACCACCUCCGCCGAAAUUAUCGAAGCACCCUAUUGAGCGUGAAAAAAAUUAUGAGCGCCUUAAGGAUUUGGAACGCGGCAAGGAACGUGAAAAGGAGAGAGAAUGGGCUCGAGAGCGUGAUCGCGAAAAAGAACGUGAGCGUUAUGAGAAAGAACGAGAAAUGGAGCGUCGCAAAGAAAAGGAUAUGGAGCGUGAGCGUGCUGAAAGAGAUCGAGAACGUGAGAGGGAAAGAGAUCGCGUUCGGGAUAGAGAAAUACGUGAAAAAGAGCGUGAACGAAUGGAGCGUGAACGAAUGGAGCGUGAUCGUGAGCGAGAACGGGAACGCGCUCGAGACCGGGAGCAGCGGCCAGAGCCUGAUAGGCACCAUCGAGACCGGGAGCGUGAACGCAACAGACCUGCAGAGAAGAUUAAAGAUAGACAUGUUCGAGAAAAACACUCUCCGUCACCUAUCGCCGAAAACGGGGCAGGCGAUUGUCUAUCUAUUGAAGAAACCAAUAAACUGCGCGCAAAGCUGGGUUUAAAACCUCUUGAGGUGGAUAGCGGUCCUACAAAACCUUCCUCUUCCUCUGCUGCUGCAGCUGUAGAAGCCAAAAAGGUUGCACCUGGGGAAAAAGAACUAUCUUCGUACAAAGAUGAAUGGGGUGAGUUCCUACAUAAGCCCGCGUCGAACUUAAAGGAGAAGGCUGAAGCUGAAAAACUGCGUGAGAAACUGAAACAAAAAAAGGAAAAGCGGUUCUUAGAGGAUCAGUUAUCACGCAUACGCACACUAGGUGAAUCGGAUGAGGAAACGGAUGAUGUAUCCAAAUGGGUAUCACGAAACAGACAAGCUGUCGAUGAAAAAAGGAAAGCUGAAAAGAGAGCUAAAAUGAUUGAUGAAAUGGAUGCCGAAUUCGGGGUGAAUGACUUGGUGGAGAAAGAGAAGGCAGCCGCGCGUCGCAAGGCCUAUAGUGAUAAGCAUUUGAAAGGGUUGCGAGUAGAGCACGAUAUGAAUGAGUUCACUGAAGGAAAAACUGUUAUUUUAACACUAAAAGAUAAAGGAGUUUUAGAUGAAGAAGAUGAUGCUUUGGUAAACGUUAAUUUGAUAGACGAAGAACGUUACCGUAAAAACAUUGCAAAUAAAAAGCAAAAUCCUCUCAGUUAUGGGUACAACGUGUACGAAGAACAGUACGAUGAAUUCGGCAAUCCAAUUGAACGCGGUAUUUUGGAGAAAUACGAUGAAGACCUCGAUGGAAAUAAAAAGAGGAAGGACUUUGUAAUUGGUGAUAAUUUAGAAGAAGAACGAGAACAUCGUAGGAAAUUGCUAGAGAUAAAAACAAAAUUAGCAGGAAAAAGAUUAGAGACUUUGGAGGAUGCUAGAAUAAAACUAGCGUCAGACACAUUUUCGGAAGCCGAGCUGGCAAUAUUCAAAAAACCAAAGAAAAAGGUGAAGAAGUUAAGGAAAAAGUUAAAAGUGGAAGAUCUAUUAUCUGUGAAUGACGAACCAAUAGAGCAGCACUUGGGUAGGCGGAGGGGACGACAUUAUGAUGAAGAAAAUUUGGACACUGACGAUAUAAAGGAUGCAGCUUCAGAGGUCAAGGCUGAGGAAGAAGACGAGGAUCUUGAACGCAUUCUUUCUAAAGCACGUAAAUUAAGACAAAAGGAAAACAUAAUUAAAAAGCCCUUCCCCAUUGACGUGAACAGUAUCAAACAUGAGAUUAAAGCAGAGCCCAUUGAUGGUGCAGAUGGCGAGGGAGGCAUUCGUGGUGCAGAUGGAAAUAUUGUGCUCAAUGCCACUGCAGAAUUCUGCCGCACACUCGGUGAUAUACCCACUUAUGGUAUGGCUGGAAAUCGCGACGAAGAUUCCAACGAUAUGAUGGACUUCGAAACGAUUGACGGCAAUGACGAUCGUUACAAUGAUCGGCAUAAUGAGCCCGACCUUAAUCAUGGCACUUGGAAUUCGGUUAAUCCAGAUGAAAUCGUCCAGCCUGCUGAGUUUGAGGAUAUUGCAGAUAAUAUAGAGGAAGUAGCGAUUUUAGAUGAGGAACCUGAUGUUAGCGCUGGUGUAGCAAAUGCUCUGCGGCUGGCCCUAUCUAAAGGUUAUUUGGAGAAAGAAGAGCAUAAUCGUCCAAGUAAUUCGAAGAUGGCACACCUGCAAGCGAAGAAUUACUCAAUUGAAGACAAAUCGGCAGUUGAAGAUGAUAAAUUUGGUAGACGCGAUCGCUUCCACGCCGGACCUAUAAUGGAAUUCAAAGAUAAAGAUACUUUUAAACCAAACGUCAAACUAGAAUACAUUGAUGACAAUGGACGUAUACUGAAUUCAAAAGAAGCUUUCCGCUAUUUGUCACAUAAAUUCCAUGGCAAAGGGCCAGGAAAAAAUAAAAUUGAGAAGCGUUUGAAAAAAAUGGAGCAAGAAGGCUUGAUGAAGACUAUGAGCUCCACAGAUACGCCAUUGGGUACGCUUACCAUGUUGCAGCAGAAACAGAAAGAAACAAAAGCACCUUUUGUGGUGCUUAGCGGUGGAAAGCAAACAACAGCAGUUAGUACUGCAACGAUAUCCAAAUAUAAAUAGGAUAUAUGUUAAGUAAUUAUUUUGUUAAGAAACUUUAAACAAAAGCUUUUCGUGUCAUUAAGAAUUGGUAGAAAUUUAUAUUAAUUACUCACAAUACAACAAACCAGUAAGCAUUUCCAUGCCAUAAUACCAAAACGAAAAAUGCAAUAGCCCAAACGGACAUUCUUAAUUUAACCCAUCUAAUUCAGUACACAUAACAGUAUAUAACGAAGUAAUAAUACCAUAUGUAUGUAUGUAUGUAAUUCCAUUUUAUGAUUUCAUUUUCUCCGAGCGUCUAUGUAUAAUAAAACGGAUGUGCGUAAAAAAUUCAA